AUGGACGAUUUUCCACACUUUGUCAUUGGUCACCACGACUCCAAAAGACCUCUGCCAGUCACGUCCCAAACUGUUCAGAAUGCUCAUGCUGCAAAUUACGAUAUGCUCACAAGCCCAAUAACAAGCCCCCAUUUUCAAUCUCGGGUUUUGACAUUGCUUUCAACAUAUCUCUCCCAGGCGGCAAGUUCAGCUGAGGACAUCACUAAGACAAAGAAUGCUUCUCCAGUGGCCAUUCCACCUCUGACACCGGCUGACACACCAUUGACUCCUGAUGAUUCCAUCAGCCAGAUCAUUGGUAUUUCUAGUUCAUGGAUUGACCUCACAUCUCCAGAUCCAAUUGUCGCGGAUAUUUCGCGUCAAGUUCUGAACCUCGAACUGGCUUAUGCUGCCUUCUGUGGCAUUACCUAUCUUCUGAUUCCUGGUCCCAAUUUACGAGGUCAUGGUACAUCUGAUAGUGCCAUCGCUCAAUACGGUCGUGCGAUCAUGGAUGCACUAUCUCAAGCUCCAUACGUUCAAAUAUACAUAUGGCAAUCCAUCCUCGAUCAUUCAGAGGAACAGGUCAAGGAGAUGGGCGACUUAUCAGCUUUUGCCCGUCAACAAUUCUUGGAAAACGAAGAUCUAGAUCAACAGAGCAGACUGGAUCUAUUUGGAACUUGGGAAGCUUGGGAUAUAAUUAGAUCCAUCUGUAAAUAUCAUGCCCGGUUGGGUGUAGCUUUGUCAAUGCCGAAGCUUCUUCCUCCUGUGGCUGUUCAAUCAAGGUGGUAUUCUGAACCGGUUCGACUUCUGACUCUAGACAACAAAAUAUUCGCCAAGAAUGCGAAGGGAUAUCCAGUCCUUUCUCGUGCUCAUCAAGCAAUGAUCAGCCGGUUCAUGCGACUUCGAACUCCACCAUGGUUUCUGUUAUGCGAUGUUGGAUCUGUCCCGAGUUCGAACUCGACCGAUCACGACGGCCUCGCGACAAAUACAUUUCCAACAAUUGCCGAAGCUGCUCAGAAUCCACAAUUGAAAGAUCCAACACCUCAACUCUCAUACAUGCGAAACCUACAGACCAAACAACCAAUCUUAACGCCUCUCGACAAAUUCGGUGCCGGAUACCAAGACUAUCUCCAAGCUCCAUUGCAACCACUGACGGUGAAUCUUGAGAGUAUUACGUAUGAAGUCUUUGAAAAAGACCCAAUCAAAUAUGCUUGGUACGAGCGUGCGAUAGCCAGGGCAUUACACGAUUGGAUCGAGCAAGGUAAGCCCACUAGUAACCCAGAUGGCCGUGUCGUCGUUGCCGUGGUUGGUGCCGGUCGUGGUCCUCUCGUGACUCGAGCGUUGAAGGCCAGCGAGGACGUCAGUGUCGAAAUCGAUAUGUGGGCGCUGGAGAAGAAUCCCAACGCUUUUGUAUUGUUACAGCGACACAACGAAACGAUCUGGAAUAACCGGGUCAAGCUUGUCAAAUCUGAUAUGAGGACUUGGAGAGGUCCGAUCCGCGCAGCAAACAAUCAACCAACAAGUCGGGUAUACAACACCGAGCAAGACGAUUCUGAUGAUCAAGACACUCAACAGAAGGAUGACCGCACCAACAGCUCAACCCCUGCAGAGACCGGUACGUUCACCGGCUCACCAUCUCUCGACUCGACCUACCUCCUCGCAACCUCACAACCGACCAACACUCCGGCAACACCAUACAAAAUCGACAUUUUGAUCUCCGAACUCCUUGGCUCCUUCGCGGACAACGAACUGAGUCCGGAAUGUCUCGACGGGGUACAACACCUGAUGAAUCCGGUACACGGAAUCAGCAUUCCCGCGUCUUACACCGCACACCUCACACCCAUCGCGGCGCCGAAGCUGUACGCCGACAUCACACACGGCAUGACCAGUACAACGCCCAACGCAGCCGAGAUCCCAUAUGUAGUGAUGCUGAACGCGAUUGACUAUCUCAGCACCACCGCCGGCGCGGGCGGAACCUCCGACUCCACCUCUAGCGAUGUGCCGUCAGGUGCCAACAAACCUCAAAGCCCAUCCUCCGUCCCUUCGCCACCAAGCUAUGCCCAAGCCCACACGCAACAGCGGCAACAACAAGGCAACAACGUCGACGACGCAAACCACCCAUCCUCAUCAGAAACACCACAGCCCAUAAUCGGCACAACAUGGUCCUUCCAGCAUCCAAACCCGCUCCUCCCCUCCUGUUCGUCUUCGUCUUCAACCUCAAACCCGUCGCAACCACCACCACCCUCCUCAUCCACGGACCCUCUCCCCCCAAUCUCCAACGCCCACAACGCACGACACAGCACACUGACGUUCCCGAUCCCCCACCGCGGCACCUGCCACGGCCUGGCCGGCUACUUCGAGACCGUGCUGUACAAGGGCGUCGAGCUCUCUACCAAUCCGGCUACCAUGGACGCCAAGAGCGAGGGCAUGAUUUCCUGGUUCCCGAUAUAUUUCCCGUUGAAGGUCCCCCUAACGGUCCCGGAUCACUCGGAGCUGCGUGUCACCAUGUGGCGCAAGACGGACGACCGACGCGUGUGGUAUGAGUGGAUCGUCGACGUUUUUAUCUCGGUUGGAGUGGGAGCCGGAGCUGGAGCGAAAGCUCCUGCUGCUGCUGGCGGAAAGAAGCGUGCGAGGAGAGUUCGCGUCGGGGGUAGUGAAUUGCAUUCGAGCGAGAAGGAUGCUUGUCUGAUGUGA